AUGGCAACAGAUCAACAGAACAUCAUCCUCCACGAUCAUCAUCACCAAAUUCCAAUGGGUGUUGGAAUUUGGUCCAAUCACCACCACCCCUUUCACACGCAACCCUCUUCCUCUUCUUCAACUAGUAAUUUCCUAACGGAGGUGUUAGGGAUUCAGUUUGAAGAAGAGGAAGAGGAAGAGCUUGGAGCGAUGAAGGAGAUGAUGUACCAAAUGGCAGCGAUGCAACCGGUGGACAUAGACCCUGCCACGGUCAGAAAACCAAAGAGGCGAAACGUGCGCAUAAGCGAUGACCCUCAGAGUGUGGCUGCACGCCACAGAAGAGAGAGGAUCAGUGAGAAAAUCCGUAUCCUCCAAAGACUUGUCCCUGGUGGCACCAAAAUGGACACUGCUUCCAUGCUUGAUGAAGCCAUUCGCUAUGUCAAGUUCUUGAAGAGGCAAAUCAGGUUGCUUCAAUCAACUCCACCACAAAUUGAUUGUAUUAAUGGUGCUGCUCCUAACAGUGAUUGGCCUUUUGUGCCAAUUACAUUGCACGGUUCUACCUUCAUGAACGUGCCUCCUGGAAUCGAAUUCAACGACAGAAUUCAUGGGCAUGCCGUUGAUUCGAUCCACCUUCAACAUUCAUGA